CCCGUUUAGUGUGAACGCAGCCUCAAUAAUUUUAGAGUCGACGUGUGUGAUAGUAGUGAGUGAGGAGAAGCAACCUUGGGCGAUUUCUUGCAACCAGCAACGUAGCAAUCGGCCUUCCGAUAGAACCGGACUGGCUUGUGAAUGUGAUUCUCAAGACGAGAACUGCGACAAAGAAUAAUUAAACUGUGCCAUGAUGGGUCUGCAAGCCUCUCCAGGUAAAAGAAAGUUAGAAGCGGCCACUGCACCAGCAGACUCGACUCCUGCUAAAGUUGGUAGAUGGGAAGCUGAUGACUGUAUAGCUAGGUUACAAGCUGUAGCUGCCGAUAAAUGGCGCACCCCCACCCCUUCGUUGACUGCCACCCUCUUGUCAACCGACGAAUUCGACGACGAUGACUUCGAGGAUGAACUAUCGGACGAAGAUAGAAAUAUGACGGUACCAGAAGCGGCGAGGUAUACCCAGCUAACCACUCCAUACCAGCAGCAGAGAUACCAACAGCCAGACUAUUGGCAGUACUACCAACCGCCUCAGCAAACUAUCCGUUGUGAUGAAAACGGAAAAUCUUACUUAGAACUUGGUGCUUCUCCCUCGGUUAGGACACGGUGUUGUGACGGUAGAGCAAGGUGGUGCCAUGUACCAUGUUAUAGACAAAGAAGACUAGCUGUGUUAAAUUUAUCUAUGUGUAAGUUGGCUAGGUAUCGACAGUGUUCCGAUCCCUCCUUAAGACGCUCAGUUCUCAUUUGCAACACGUUGCGAAGGCUAGAGAGGGAAAUGGAAUCAGACCCCGUGGAGCCUAGUAGUUAUCCCCAAACAAAUUUCACUGAAGUCAAUACUUCCAAUAGACUUAAUCCUGUGAUGCCAGAACCUUCGAACUACGAACAAAAUUUGAGAGACAUGGCUUGUUCAUCAGGAAGGGCUACGCCUUUUCCAUCGAAUACCCCAGAUACAGACUCCGGUUUAGGCGAUGAUGAGAUGACGAGACCUAUUAAUUGGAGUUCUGUUCUCAGCUAUUCAUCGCAAACCGAUCUUGAAUCACUCAAUAACAACGAGCUCUAUGCCGAACUAGGCCUAACUACGGAAAAUACAGAGUGGAAAGAUCCAAACCCUCAACAAAGGAUGGAAAAUGAUUGGGAUGGGUUUAUGCAUGUACUUGUUAGUGGCACGUAACAGAUGGCAUCUCCAUCUUGUACUCUUCUCAGGUUGUGAUCACUUAGUAAAUAAUAAUUUGGUGCAUAAAGGAAUUGUGCAGCUACUGUUUGCAAUUUUUAUUUUUAUAUUUAUAUAUUUUCAUUACUUAAAUAGAAACCUAGCCAUUUUGGAAAGAUCGCAAUCAGAUAAUGUAGUCAAUAGUUUUGAUUAUUUUACAAUUGAUUGUAUUUAUUGACCAUCCUAUGUUACUUCAAAACAAUGAUCUCGUAUGCUCAAUUGUCUAAUGCUCAAGAGUAUGAGUUAAUUUAAGUGCUGAUAUCAAGUUUAUGUUACUGAAAGGCUUAGGGCAUUCCUCUGUAAUAUUUGUAAAUAACUGUAAAUAAGAGAAAAUUUUCUAAUGAAUAGAGUAAGCUUAUAUUUAUGUACAUACAUAUAAAUAAAUAUAUUAUAUAUAUGACAACUAAAUUUAUAUGAAAUAUAUAGAUACAUAUUUUCACAAAGUAUUCAAACCAAAAUUCACCUGCAAUUUUUGUCUAUCAGGGUAUAUCUCAUUUCAAGCAAUAAUAAUUUUAAUUCCUAAUUGAGAUGUUUUUUUUUUAGUAGUAAAUAGUUAAUUUUACCUUAUUUCGACAGUAACAUUUCGAAUUGUUGUGGUGAAUUGCAAUACUACUCUGGGGGAAUAUGUAUAAAUAUAAGAAAUUAAUAAAUUUAUUAAUCAUAUGAAAGGCAAUAUGGUUCCAUACAAAGCAAAUCCUUCCCAACUGAAAAAAUAGAUCACAAAAAAAAUAAUGCUAUCGUCUACAACUCAUUGUGAUAAAAAUCUAUUUUAACAAGAAUAAACUUAAUGCCGAAAAACUUACAAACGUCGAAUUAUUUUUAGUUACCACAUUCAUGUAUGUAAUAUGAAUAUUUUGUUCUUAUUAAUCAUGAAUACCUUCAUUUUCUAAGCAUAUUAAUAUUUAAACAGUAAGGAUUUGAUAAUUGAUCUCCCAAGUUAUAGUAGAAACAAAUCUUUUUUCUGGUAUUUUAAUUUAUCUUUAUAAUUUUAAAUGCACUACUCAUUUCAAUUUAUUCAUUUUAAUAUUGCAGUUGGGAAGUUUGUAUCUAGUCGACAUUGAAAGUUGUCUUCUAAGAGGUGAAUAAGCAACUAUUCCCUUCCGGUAAAAAAACUGAACGCUGAAUUACUAGUUCAAGCCGUCCCGAACAAUCUUAGUUGAUAACCUCAUUGUAAGAAGUUUCUUAUUUGUACAUGCUGUUACGAAAUAUACUUAGGUAAUUCUGCUCUUUCAUGAAUUUGUUUGUUGAUUUAAUGAAAGUUGAUAUUCCUUGCCAUGAUAUUUCACAGUUAUAAAUUAUGUUUAAAAAUCUUUUCGAAUCUUAUUUUUCAUUGAUUUUUAUUAGUUAUCUUUUUGACAACAAUUUGUUAUUUGUGUAUUUAUCAAUUUUGAUAUUUUUGAGUUCAAUGAACAAUGAUUUGAUUAUAUGGAGCAGAACUCAACCAAAUUGAUGUAUAAUACUCAAUCAGAAUAUUUUAUAGCAAAAUAUGAUUCUACAAAUUCAAUCAAAGAGGAUAUUAAACAUAGUUCAAUAAAAAUGAAUAAUUGUGAUCAAUAACUACUAUGUACAUUACCAAGUAUAUUUUUGAAUGGUACUUAAUUUUGUGAAUAUAAAUGAACGAUCAAAUAUUUCUUCUUUUUGAAACUCAGAAUUUCUGCAACAAAAAUACAAAAUGUGGGCACAAUCAUUAAAUUUUUAAUUAGUCUACCAAUAAGUCUAUGACCUAUGACAGUUACUAAUUUAAGAUGUUGAUACAAAGUAUGUAAUUUAGCUACAAAAGUUUUGAACAAUCCAAGUAUCUUUUUGAAGGACAUUUUGUGUUUUUAUCCUGAAAGAAAAGGAGCACUGAAAUUUCAAAUAUUUUGCUAUUAAUUCAAUGAAUUGAAAAAUGUCAAAGUUGUUACAAUACCUGAAUUUUUCAUAUAAUUCAUUCGAAUAUGGUUUUCCUAAUGAAAAAAUGACAACGAUAAUCAUAAAGAAAUAAGAUAUACGAAAAAUUCAGAAAUUUUAUAUUCGAUAAAGUACUUGUACUUCAUUAACAUCGACGAUACAUCACGUCAAUAAUGAUUAAAUCUACAUUGUGUGCAAGUAUUAUGUGAUAUGUAAUAUGUUAGCGUUAAAAAUAAAUUCGUAUAUAUAUUACCUCACUUAUUGUUUUAUAUUUUUGUUGUAAUAUAAUGAUUACAAAUU